GUGACAGCUUUGUUUACGAGCUGACGUGUACCGGAAGGCAGGCUAACCGAACUGCCUGCCCUGAGAGCAGUGGCGCUAGCUGUGAAAGUGUUAGCAGCGUUUUAUUACUUGCUUUCAGUUUAUUAAAACGUACAUUUUGCCCGCGGUGUCAUGUAUUUACGGAGCCGCGUUCAGAUGCUCAAACAAAUGCGAAACAAGAGGGCUGGUGUGCGUCUAGCUUAGCUAGUUUGAGCUGUUACAGCCGUGUGGCCGCUGUCACGCCAUCACCAUCAGGGUCAUCCUUCUGCGGACAGGUGCGAGUUUUCACCCAUGCUUUUCUGGUCACGACACAUGGGCAGAAUUGAAAAGUUAUGUGUCUUGAUUACUUUUGAGAAUGGCGUGGAUUAUGGUCUUGCAUGAGGUUGCUGUUAGGCCACUGAAACAAUGGCCAGUCCAAAUGAUCUACAAUUCCAAGAGUUUGAGGAAGCAGCAGAGCUGUUGUCUGCAAACCCAGACGCCUCCACAGUCCGCUUGUCCAGCUCAGACACUCCCGCUACAGCAGGAAUAGGAGGAGAGGAUGUGAAAUUAGACCUAUCAGAGGACGAGGAGGGUCAGGAGGAGAGUUCAGAGCUGUUAGGAGGAAAGAAAUCAACUGGCGGCUUCUGGACCUUUGAGUACUAUGAGUCUUUCUUCAAUGUGGACACCGUGCAGGUACUGGACAGAGUGAAGGGAUCAGUGUUGCCAUUACCUGGAAGAAACUUUAUCAAACACUACCUUAGAUCUAACCCAGAUCUAUAUGGUCCAUUUUGGAUCUGUGUGACACUGGUGUUCUCAGUAGCGAUAAGUGGGAACUUGUCCACCUUCCUCAGCGAGAUGGGAAACCCUGCCUACCACUAUAGACCACAGUUCCACAGAGUAACGAUAGCUGCGGUAGUGAUCUUCAUGUACGCCUGGCUGGUGCCAAUUGGUUUAUGGGGUUUCCUGACCUGGCGGCAAGGCACUGAGAGGCAGAUUGGAGGCUAUUCCUUCCUGGAGACAGUGUGUGUCUAUGGCUACUCCCUCUUCAUCUAUAUUCCCACUUCAGUUUUGUGGAUCAUCCCAUUCGAGUGGUUGCGCUGGACACUGAUCCUGGUUGCCAUGGUGAUCUCCGGCUCAGUCCUGGUCCUCACCUUCUGGCCUGUUGUCCGUGACGACACCAAGGUGAUGGCUGUGGCUACAGUUGUGACCAUAGUGGUUUUGCACACGCUGCUGGCAAUAGGCUGUAAGCUGUACUUCUUCCAGACAGCAGUCCAUGUACCAACACCAGCGCCCACGCCCCCCUCGAUUCACAUAACACUGGCCACCAAACCCCACUGACCAAGGGAAGGAAGGAGUGUUGGCAGGAGGAGAGAAAAUGAAGGCUGUUAUGCCUGGAACACAGGCGGAUAUAAAACCAUGUUCAGGCAGGCUGCGUGAGGCAGUGUUGAAUAUUGCUGUUGUGACUUGUUGUAUGCUCCCCUUAUGUGCUGGGAUGGGUGUGUGUGUGUGUGUGUGUGUGUGUGUGUGUGGUUGUUUGUCUAAUUUAUCCUGAGGGCGGUUCUGCUGUAACUGAAGUAACAGUUGUUCACUGCAAUAACUGAUGUUUCAGGUUGGGCAGCAUCCAAAUUGUUGAGAAUGACUCCCUUAACUCCCUGAAACACCAGUUAGAAACAAGAGAGGAUCAACCGUGACUCAUCAAGACAAGAGAAAAACUGUAAGAUUACUAAAGCAAACAAUCCCUAAUCGUCCCUUCUUAUGACACAUCACAUGGACAACAAUGGAAUUCUUAAACUUAGAGAAAUAAACUGUGGCAUCACUGGAGUACAAGUUAGUUUCAUCAAUUCUUUGUUACCCCUGCUCUGUUCUAAUCAACUGUCCCAGUAAGCGAUGCCAGUGUGACAGUGAACCAGCAUGCGCAUCUCCAGGACCCUGAAACUGAAGCAGCUAAAUGGAAUUAGCCAUGAUACAUUUUAUCACUCACACCUUCACGUCAUAUUGUUCAAACCGUAAUGACAGGGAACUGAGCGGGGAGAAAUUACACUUCACUCUGUCUCAGAUGUUGGGAGUUUGUGACAGCAACGUUGUCUCCCAACGAACCAUGGAAGCAUCAUUAACCAGAGCUGGCAAAAUGGCUGCAAAGCCAACAACACAGGCAAUUCCAUGUGAAUAAAACAGAGUAUUAACAGCAAUCCAGUCCAUUCAACUAAUUAAACUGCUCCAAAUUUGAAAUAGAAAAAGCAGCGAAUGUGACUACGAGGCUAGCAGAUGCCUCGCCAAUGCCACGAUACUUGUUGCAGAACGUCAGUUCUUCGGUGAUCCGCGGAGCUCUCGUCAUUGGCUAAAACGUCCAAACACUUCGGCCUCACCUGUACCUUGUGUUUAGGGCUAAUUAGCAAAGGUUAGUAAGUGAACAUGGUAAACACUACACCUGCUAAACAUCAGCAUGUUAACAGUCAUUUUCUGUCUUUUAUGUUAGAAUGGACUUUGUGAGCCUUAGGACAUUCUCACAGAGCUGUUAGUAUGACUGUAGGCUCUUAGUCUUGUUCCUUGAUAAAUGUCAUAAUUUUUUCUCUACCUAUUUAUUUAUUACUUGACUAAUCAUUUCAGCACUAAGUGAAACCUUCUCCUAAUUUCACCUCAGACUCCCAUUUGAAUGUCGUAAAAGAGGGCUCUCUCCCAGAAGCAACAGCUUUCAGCAAAUACUGCAAAAUGAAGACCUAACAUAACUGUUGUAUCCUGUGAAUGUGUUCCCAUAAAGCAGCUUGCCUCAGUCACAGAUGUAGAGAAGGAAGCUACUCCAGACUGUCGUGUGGUGUAAUGAAAGUGUUUCAAUGAACAGUGACCGGAGAGAACUCCUGUUGAUGCACCACAUCGCUUCUCCACCCUCUUAACCUUCAUUUACAAAAUGAACUCAGUUACAUUAUUUGCAUAGUUGAUUUAAUGUAAAUUAAGGGAAAGGCUUAUGACUGCAUAACUUUGAUGCUGUUUAGGGUUUUUUGUUAAUAAACAGCUUCUGUUCUUGUUGUCUGUAA